CGUGAAACUCGCCGCAACCACAACAUAAACGCGCGCAAAAACCGAGCCAAACGCCGUGUUAAAAUAAAAGCAGGCAUACGAUCAAAUAUUCUGAAUACAUGAAAAUAAUUAAUUGUCAUUAAUUGUGGGUGCAAAUAGGCUUUCAAUAAAAAGUAAAGUGCGCGCAAAAGUAGAAAGUAUUAUUUUCUCUUAUAUUUCUUGUACCUGAAGUUUCAGCAGUUCGUCUUGUAACAGUUAAUUUAUAAAUCUCAUUCAAAAUGCCGAAGCCACUUGUUAACUCCUGCUGCUUGUGCCAGUCGACACGCAAUGGCUCAGUCAUAUCCGGAGUCUUGGCCAUUGUGCUAUCCAUUAUCACGAUAAUUGUGAUAUUCACAACACGUGUGCAUUUCAAGACAAUUAUCUUCGAUUUUAUACCAAACGAUAUAGUAAAAAUCAUAUUGGUGAUAAAUCUAUGCAUGACAAUAUUAAUUUCAUUGCUAAUGAUCGCUGGUGUUCUCAAACGCAAUCAUUACCUGAUGGUUCCUUGGGUGGUGCUGGGCAUAAUGAUUGCCAUUGGCCUGCUGAUAUCUGUAAUCUACACGGGCGUCGUCUUCUUCAUCGAUGGUUUUGUACUCACUGGCGUUCUGUGGCUGAUCUUCGGCCUGAUUUGUUGUGCUGUGCUCACAUAUUGUUGGUGCGUCGUCUAUAGCGAGUACGCCAAUCUAGCCGAGGAAAGCGAACGUGGACGUUACAACAAGCAGCCCUAUCGUCGUUGAUUCCCCUCUCGCACUAUCCAGACACGGCUGAUACACCACAUACAUCUUAUCUGUUAGUUGAUAAUACUAAAACUGCUUAUGUUCGUAAUUAGCUCAUAUGUUUAACUAAUAAUUUUAAUUUAAUUAUUUAAAAAUGCGUGCCCAAUUUGGCAUAUACGAAUACAUAUAGUUUAAGUAAAUAAAAUUUAUGGGGCCCGUAGUAAGUGCAAUCGAAUUACUUAACAUUUACAAUUAUUUAGCAUCACUGUCCACUAAUUUUUGUUGUAAUUUUAACAUAAUUUUUGUAUUGAGAAAGUAAUUUUGUUAACAAGUAAAUAAAACAAUAUAAAAUGCGAGAGUGUA